AUGGAACAUUGUAAACCUACAUCUACACCUUCCAAACCUCAUACUCAGUUGCUUGUGUCUGAAGGCAUACCAAUGAUAGACCCUACUCUCUAUAGAAGCUUGGUGGGUGCUUUACAGUACUUAACAUUCUCUAGGCCUAAUAUAGCAUACUCAGUGAAUAUGGUGUGUCAGUUCAUGAACAAUCCAACAGACUUGCACCUUCAUUUGGUCAAGCGAAUUCUGAGGUAUUUACAAGGUACUAUUACAUGUGGUUUGAAGUACACAAAGGGUGAAGAUAUGUCAAUCACAACCUAUUCAGAUUCAGACUGGGCAUCAAACAUCAAUACUAGGAGGUCAAUAACUGGAUAUGUGGUGUACUUAGGUUCUAAUCCUGUUUCAUGGCAAUCCAAGAAGCAGUCAACUAUCUCAAGAAGCUUGACAGAGGCAGAAUAUAAGGCAAUAGCUCAUUGUGCAGCUGAUAUUUUUUGGAUCAGAUCAUUGCUAAGAGAUAUGCAUCAAUUUCUUCCCCCACCUUCUUAUCUUCACUGUGACAACUUGUCAGCUCAAAUCCUGAUUAUCACUUUGUAA